AUGACAACACUUUCGAGUCCUCUUGCAUCUCAGGCUGUACAAGAGGUCACCAGCCAGGACCUCUCCCAAAUAACAAGUACCCUUUAUAUCAGUAAUGGUGCCGCUGCCAAUAACCAACAAGUGCUGUCUAGCAAUCGCAUCACAUCAGUGAUCAAUGCCACAAAGGAAGUGGUGAAUACCAUCUUCGACAACAUUCGGUAUGUACAGAUACCCGUGGAAGAUAGCCCCACGGCCUACCUCUAUACGUUUUUUGACCCAGUUGCUGAUCACAUCCAUAACGUAGAAUUGAAGUUUGGCCGUACCCUGCUACAUUGCGCUGCAGGAGUGAGCCGCUCACCUUCACUCUGCAUGGCAUACCUCAUGAAAUAUCAUUCUAUGUCCCUGCUGGACGCCCAUACCUGGACCAAAUUGUGCCGCCCGGUCAUCCGGCCCAACGAUGGCUUUUGGGAGCAACUUAUCUAUUAUGAGUUCAGGCUGUUUAAUAAGAACACUGUGCGCAUAGUCAACUCCCGGAGGGGUUUGAUUCCCAGCGUCUAUGAAAAAGACUGCUAA